UCUCGCGAGAGCGCCGGGCUCGGGCGGCGGCUUCUCGCGAGGGCUGCGGCUCCGGACCCAACAUGGCGGAAGAGGAGGUGGCCAAGCUGGAAAAGCACCUGAUGCUGCUCCGCCAAGAGUAUGUAAAGCUGCAGAAGAAACUAGUUGAUACAGAAAGGAAGUGCAAUCUCCUGGCUGCUGAGGCUAACCAAGACAAUGCCAGUGACACCUUCAUCAGUCGGCUUCUUGCCAUUGUAGCAGAGCUCUAUCAGCAGCAGCAGUACAGUGAUCUGAAGAUAAAGGUUGGGGACAAGCACAUCAGUGCUCACAAAUUUGUCUUGGCAGCACGCAGUGACACUUGGAGCCUUGCCAACCUUGCCUCAACAGAGGAGCUGGAUCUGUCAGAUGCUGACCCAGAAGUAACCAUGGCAAUGCUGCGGUGGAUCUACACAGAUGAACUUGAGCUGAGAGAAGAUGAUAUCUUCUUGACAGAGCUCAUGAAGCUAGCUAAUAAAUUUCAGCUCCAGCUGCUUAGGGAAAGAUGUGAAAAAGGAGUUAUGUCACUAGUUAAUGUCAGGAACUGCAUUCGUUUCUAUCAGACUGCUGAGGAGCUGAAUGCUAGCACUCUUCUGAACUAUUGUGCUGAGAUAAUUGCUAGUCACUGGGAUGACUUACGUAAAGAAGACUUCAGUAGCAUGAGUGCUCAGUUGUUGUAUAAAAUGUUCAAGUCCAAGACAGAAUAUCCUUUGCAUAAGGCCAUUAAAGUUGAGAGAGAAGAUGUAGUCUUUUUGUAUCUUAUUGAAAUGGAUUCACAGCUUCCUGGGAAACUCAAUGAAUUGGAUCACAAUGGAGAUCUUGCUUUGGAUUUAGCCCUUGCCCAGCGAUUGGAGAGUAUUGCAACUACACUGGUCAACUACAAGGCAGAUGUAGACAGGGCAGACAAGAGAGGCUGGAGUCUGUUACAUAAAGCCAUCCAAAGAGGAGAUAAAUUUGCUGCAAACUUUCUCAUUAAAAAUGGUGCCCGUGUGAAUGCUGCCACGUUGGGAGACCAGGAGACUCCUCUGCACCUUGUGGCAUCCUACAACCCCAAGAAGUAUUUGCCAGAUGUCAUGGCAGAGAUGGCACAGAUAGCAGAGUCCCUCUUACAGGCAGGAGCCAAUCCAAAUAUGCAAGACAACAAAGGAAGGACCCCAUUACAUGUGUCAAUUGUGGUCAGGAACGAACCUGUAUUCAGUCAGCUUCUCCAGUGCAAACAACUAGACUUGGAGCUGAAGGAUCAUGAAGGAAGCACAGCUCUGUGGCUUGCAGUUCAGUAUAUCACUGUUUCGUCUGAUCAGUCUGUAAACCCUUUUGAGGAUGCUCCUGUUGUAAAUGGAACCUCAUUUGAUGAGAACAGUUUUGCAGCAAGGUUGAUCCAACGAGGCAGCAAUACAGAUGCUCCAGACUCAGUAACAGGAAACUGCUUGCUUCAGAGGGCAGCUGGUGCAGGAAAUGAGGCAGCUUCUCUCUUCCUAGCCACUCAUGGAGCAAAAGUCAACCACCAAAACAAAUGGGGGGAAACACCACUGCAUACAGCCUGUAGGCAUGGCCUAGCAAACCUGACAGCAGAGCUGCUGCAACAAGGAGCCAAUCCAAACAUCCAGACAGCAGAAGCAGUGCAUGGUCAGAAAGAUGCAUCUUCUCCAACAGCAGAGAAUGUUUAUCUGCAAACUCCCCUUCACAUGGCUAUUGCUUACAAUCACCCAGAUGUGGUGUCAGUCAUCCUGGAACAAAAAGCUAAUGCUCUUCAUGCUACCAACAACUUGCAAAUUAUUCCUGACUUCAGUCUGAAGGACUCGAGAGACCAGACUGUGCUGGGAUUGGCUCUUUGGACAGGCAUGCACACGAUAGCAGCUCAGCUGCUUGGAUCUGGGGCAUCCAUCAAUGACACAAUGUCUGAUGGACAGACUCUGCUACAUAUGGCAAUACAGAGACAAGACAGUAAGAGUGCACUCUUUUUGCUGGAACAUCAGGCAGAUAUAAAUGUCAGAACACAGGAUGGAGAGACUGCCUUACAGCUAGCUAUAAAAAACCAGCUCCCUCUUGUGGUUGAUGCUAUUUGUACUAGGGGAGCAGACAUGUCUGUGCCAGAUGAGAAAGGAAAUCCUCCGUUAUGGCUUGCCUUAGAAAAUAACCUAGAAGAUAUCGCAUCAACUCUGGUUAGGCAUGGCUGUGAUUCAACCUGUUGGGGGUCAGGACCAAGUGGCUGCUUACAAACUCUUCUUCACAGAGCUAUUGAUGAAAACAGUGAACAAAUAGCUUGCUUUCUUAUUCGCAGUGGUUGUGAUGUGAAUAGCCCCAGAAAGCCAGGCCCAAAUGGAGAAGGAGAAGAGGAAGCUCAUGAUGGACAGACACCCCUACACUUGGCAGCCUGCUGGGGCCUAGAGGAGGUGAUCCAGUGCCUUUUGGAGUUUGGUGCCAAUGUCAACGCUCAGGAUGCAGAAGGAAGAACUCCAAUCCAUGUUGCCAUUAGCAACCAACAUAAUGUUAUCAUUCAGCUUAUGAUUUCACAUCCAGAUAUUAAACUAAAUGUACGUGACAGGCAAGGAAUGACUCCCUUUGCAUGUGCUAUGACCUACAAAAACAACAAAGCAGCUGAAGCAAUUUUGAAGAGGGAGCCAGGAGCUGCUGAACAGGUUGAUAAUAAAGGUCGCAAUUUCCUACAUGUAGCUGUUCAGAACUCAGACAUUGAGAGUGUGCUGUUCCUCAUAAGUGUACAGGCCAAUGUAAACUCUCGGGUCCAGGAUGCCUCCAAGCUAACACCUCUCCACCUGGCUGUGCAAGCAGGCUCAGAGAUCAUUGUGCGCAAUCUGCUGCUUGCAGGUGCCCAGGUGAAUGAACUGACAAAGCAUCGUCAGACUGCUCUUCACUUAGCAGCCCAGCAAGAUUUGCCCACAAUUUGUUCAGUCCUGCUGGAGAAUGGAGUAGACUUUGCAGCUGUAGAUGAAAAUGGAAAUAAUGCUCUUCAUCUGGCAGUGAUGCAUGGCCGCCUGAACAACAUCCGGGUGCUUCUCACAGAGUGCAAUGUGGAUGCAGAAGCCUUUAACAUUAGAGGCCAGUCACCAAUGCAUAUUUUGGGACAGUAUGGGAAAGAUAAUGCAGCAGCCAUCUGUGAUCUCUUCUUGGAGUGUAUGCCAGAAUACCCUCUAGACAAACCUGAUGCUGAAGGAAACACAGUGCUCUUGUUGGCUUACAUGAAGGGAAAUGCAAACUUGUGUCGUGCAAUAGUGAGAGCUGGAGCUCGUCUUGGAGUUAACAAUAAUCAGGGAGUCAAUAUCUUCAACUACCAAGUUGCUACAAAACAGCUUCUCUUUAGACUGCUAGAUAUGCUGACAAAAGAACCUCCCUGGUGUGAUGGCUCCAACUGCUACGAAUGCACUGCCAAAUUUGGAGUCACAACAAGGAAACACCACUGCCGGCACUGUGGACGCCUGCUCUGCCAUAAGUGCUCCACAAAGGAGAUUCCUAUCAUAAAGUUUGAUCUGAACAAGCCUGUUCGAGUUUGCAACAUCUGCUUUGAUGUCCUGACUCUGGGUGGAGUCUCCUAGUAUGCUGUGGAAGAAAAGGGAUUCCCAGUCAGUGCUUCUGACAGCAGCUCUGCUUACAAGCCCUCUGGAUAGGGAAGAGGAGGCCUAUACAUGUCUUCUGCAAUAGACUGAACUAAUUAAGGACCCUGUUACGAUAUAUUCUGGUAUAAAUGACUUUGUAUGACUGUAAAUGUACUGGGCUGUGAUAGACUUCACUAGGAAUUCAAGUGGAUUGUUGAAACCAAGUGACAAAAGAAUUCAGACCCUCUUCUAGUUGCAGUCGGGUAUGGAAGCUAAACUUGUUAGGCUGACGUUUGAAUUGACAUGAAACAGGUCUGUCCUUGACAUGGUGCUUUGCACUCAGCAACUCUACUAAAUCCUGUGGCUUUCAGGCUGCUUAGUAGAGGUGGCAUUAAGUUUCAGGGUAACCAGGUAUCUUUCUUUGCGUUGUCUUAAAGAUAAAUGUUCCCCUUCUCUAGAGAAGACUUCUUGUGAAGCUAGACUGAGCUCUUGCAACCACUGUUCAGUUCACAAAAAUGGGAGUAGUUCUAAGCCUAGCUCAAGAAUCGUGGCCUUACAACAGAAAGCUUUACAACAUCUGAUGCAAAGCAGUCAGAAUUGCAGAUCCACAUCUUGAUACCUCCUCAGUAAAUGUCUCGUUAGCUUUAGCAUGUUAAAGAGAAGUGCAAGAUUGUUUUAGCCAGUAAAUACUCUUGCUGAUACCUGCUAGAGCUGUCAAAGUCUUUGUUGCACUUUCAUAUUUACAUUGCUAGUCCUUCCAAUUCAUGAAACUCUGAAAGGCCUAAGCAGAUGCUAAACAGAGGAACACUACAACUGGUGAGUCACAAUACAGCAAUAAAUGCUGAAGUGCAUUAUGAAUCCCAUGAGGGAGAGUAGCACUUUCCUUCAGUUUAAAGAGCCUGGCUAACUGCUGCAGGAGAGUCAGGAACUCUACCUGUGUAGAAUGUGCUGCACCUCUAGGUGUUACUUUUGGGUCCAUUCCCAGCAGGAUUGAUGGUGAGUGGGAGUUACAUAGAGGCUUCUCACCACCAUUAAGUCUCUGGCCUUGAAGGGAGUAUUCUGAACUGGCAGUGUGGUGCCAGGCAUUUGGAUUAAGCUGCAGUAUUUUAAUCUGGGCUGGUUGUGUUCUCUUAAACAUGCUGAAUCUGUUAAAAUCCACCACAUUGUCUAGGUAACCAGGAAAGUACUUUGCUGAUAGACAGGGUUAUGAGUUCUGUAGGCAAAGGCUUCAGUCAGAAAAAGUAACGUGCUUAAGCAAAAGGAUGUGCCAUGUUAAGGCUGUUUUCACUCCAGAUGAACCUAGUUUAGAUUCAACUCAGCAUUGCUCAUCUCUGCUCCAGGAACUGGUGUGCAUUUCUUUAAUGACUGUUAUCUCCCAGUACACAAUAUGGACAAGUUGGUGACACAUUGCUCUGCUUGGAGUGGUGACUUUUCAGCCUUCAAGAGCAAGGUGAGGUGACACACCAGACUGCUGCUUUUAUGGGAGACUUGCUUUGAGGUGUUUUGUUUAACUUCUUUUUUUUCAAGAAAAGGAUGGGAGAGGGUGUAAUUGCUGACAUUUGCACGAUGAAUUUCACAUGAAGUCUCACUUGAUCUGCACUUUGAUCUUCCAAUAUGCAUCUAUUUGUAACUGGAAACUCAUCCUUCUAACACUAGAGAAGAAUAACAGAAGAUAAUACAGAUUUGUCUCACUGUUUAAUGUCUGCUGCUGCCAUGUUCCAGCCCUAUGCCCUGGCUAACACAAUGGGCCUCUAACAGUUACUAAUACAAAUGGGGCAUCUCUGCCAUAAUAUCCCUGGUGAGUGUGGUGGAAAGUGAUGGUGUCUGAAGCAUUUCACUGCGAGCUACAGUCUGGGUUUUUGAGUCAAACAGAUGAUGGAAAACAUUGUACUUCUACUCUAUUGCUUUCUCAUGUUUCAGGGUAUCACUGGUGGGAAGUCUCUCACAGUGAAAGAUGGGGAAAAUUGCAUUUGGUGGAAGAAGUCUUAUCUAUAGCAUAUCCCACAAUAACAGGUUGGCUUCCUUCUUGCUUUGGAGCUGCAGUGCUGUGGAGUGGUAAGGGUGUGCUCAGAAUACUGAAAGGUAGUGGUAGAGGAGUGUUCUUCCAAGGCCACAGUCUGUGGACUUCCAUUUAAUUGGAAAAAUGUACAACAGAUAACUGCUAAGGCAUUUAAACAUCACUUUUUUUUCCAGUGACUUCUCUGAUGGAAGGGGCAAAGGAACAGGGAGCUCAGUUCUAACAGAGUAAGCAACCUUUUAAAUGAUGGAAAAUGUACAUGUUAAAUUCAGCCUGAGUGAAUGGCAAGUUUUAGGGCUGGCUUGUUGCUCUUUUUAAAAGUAGAAUAUUAAUUAUAACUGCCUAAAACUCUGGGAAACUGUAGGUAAUGCUCUUAGUUUGCUGUUCACAGCCAAUAAUGUACCAGCUUCCUGAAGUCUGAAAGGAAAGUCAAGGUUAUUGAUAAGCUCAUAUACCACCUGAGGCGUUCACUAAACUUAAAGCAAAGAAAUUCUGCAAAUUUGAUCACUUUUAAAGUGCCUUUGAGAUCAGUUUCCUUCCAGACAACUCUAAAUAGCUUUCUGCCAGAGUUUAAGGGGAAAAGCUCACAACUUGAACCACAACCCAACUUUUAGUUCUCUUCUAGUCUCCCUAAAGAGGUUGACACCCCCCUGCCCCCAGCAGUGGUGGGGCUCAGUCCUUUCUGCACUCUGCCUGGUAUUGCUCUGAACUCGGGGACCUCUUGAGAUUUUGGGGGAGUUUUGCUGGCAAUGCUCUGCUGCAGGCUACAAAUGUGCAUGGAGGCACUUGGUAAUGCAGUAGUGGUCAACACAUUUCUAACUCCAUAAGCAUCUGCUCUUCUUUUUUUGGUGGCAUACUACAGUUGUGACCAAAACCCUCACCCCCUCUUACCCUGCUGUCUUUAAGUGGUAUCUGUUAACUUGAGACUCAAGUCUGCCAAGCGUUGAACAAAAGGAUAAAUGGAAACCAAACUUCUGUCCCUGGAAGUGCUGCUGUCAGACCAGGCUGCAGGCACUUCAGCAGGGCUGCAUGGGAAGGCUGUGGUGGUUCAUACUGUAGCUUUUUGUUCUGAGGCUGGAUUCCUUUUGACUGCAGUCAUCCAGCGCUCUUACACAAGCACAAAAUGUGGUCUGGCUUAAAUUUUGUGUAUCUGAAAAAGGUGUAAUCACUGUUUGACACCAGUAAGUGGAGUUGAGACUGUUGGUGUUGAAGGUACUAACCCAGCAUAGCAAGCUGCUGGCUGAAAGCUGACGGAUGCCUUAAUGACCUCCCGUGCUGGAGAUCAGUGGCUCUUACUUCUUGUGUAGUGUUUAUAAAUUAACAUGUAACAAUAUGGGAGGCCAAGGCUGGAUAUUUUGUUUUGUAGAGCAAAUGUUAAUAGGCAAAUCCUUUUUCCUGUAACCAGCAAAGUUGGGUACUGCAGCAAACUCAUCACUAGAAAAAUCAAAGCUUGUAUGAGUGACAAGAAUGUAUGAGUAACCCUGAACCUUCUCCUGCCCUCUGUGAAAUAGAAAAGGAAGUCUUAGAACAAUGGCAUUUUAUCUGCAGUGUUUGUCUGGAGUCAUUGUAAAAAUGUAUUUUUCCAAUAUGCAUUACUUUGUUGUGUAAUGAUUCUACUUGUAAUAAAAUGCAUAACUAGAUAA